GCCACGUGGCUUAGAGUCUACUCGCCGUGCCGGUGAGGCUCCGUGCGACGGCUCCCAUGCUUCCGCUUUCUCCUCAAAGCCCUGUAGCCGGUGAAUGCAUGAUACGAAGCUGUCUCGCGUUUCACAAAUCGGAAGCAUCAGUGCAUCUCUAGUCUCUCAACCGAUAGACUCGGAGAUGCCGCCUCGGGUCGAUCGUCAACGAAGCUUUGUUCCACAUGGAUACGUCCUGGCUACAUUUUGUCGUAAGUGGCAGAUACCUCGCAGGUUAACCGAUUACUCCCACAUACUCUACUCUGCAGUGCUGGAUGGGCGAGGCUCGCGGUUACCUCAUCAUUUUGACCGCGGGAAGCCGUUUCCUGGCAGAUGGAAGAAGCUCCGUCAACAAACCUAAUCUAUUGCAUGUGUCGGCGGCUUCACUUUGAACGCAUAGCCCGGCUCCUUUGGAGUCUUCAGCAGCCUUGCAGUCAUUUUACUAGACUCGGGCUGUACGUUUCCCAUCGUUUCGCACUGCGCCUGCGCCUCGUCUUCCUCUUCUUCACGUUUCAAUAUGUUCUCUCCCCUUAGAUCCCAUUCGCAAACUCAUCCUUCCGCUAUGCCCUCCCGACGAAGUACCCAAGAUGAACAAUACGCAUUGCUGCAGAACGGCGAGAACGGCUCCCAAGAGUUGGACGAUGACUACUCCCAUCGAGCAGGAGAGUCGAAGCGACGGCCAGCUUGGUACCAGCCAGAAGCCCGCCAGUCUGCUUUGACAUGGAUUCUCGCAUUGCUGGUCAUUGUCGUGGCCACCGAUGGAAUCGCACUCUUCUACAUGUCGCGGAUCAUGAAGACAGUCUUCGCCGACUUGGGCACCGACGAACUCGAGUUUGCUAAUCCGUACCAUGGUCUUGAGACCCUCUACCGCUCCGGCAAGAUCAAUGCAUCCAAGAUCGACCCCAUACAGAACCUUCCGCGAGUCGUCGCGCAAGUCUUCCCCGACCGUCCGAAGGAGCUGGCGCCUAUUGGCGAGCACGACCUAUUCAACAAGGUUUUUGGGACGCUUUCCCCACAUGAGAAGCACCUCCACGUCUCGCCCAACGUCCACACGAUAGCGCAGUUCCGCGCGCUCGACUUCGGAAUGGAAGAGUGUUCGGUCGUCAUCCAACUGCCAGGACACGGUGAUCGCAUCGAGGGGUCCGAGCCAUUCCGGUUCAAUCAACUCUCCGUGUUCGACGUAUACCGGCUCAACGCGCUGAAGCCGCUGGAUGUCAGGAAGCUGUCUUACAGCACAAAGCCUCCUGCGCAGGAGAGAGUCGCGUCCCUGAUGGCGAAAGGGGGAGAGGAGACCCUCGUGACCACCUUCCCAUGCCCCUGGGGAACGCUGCAUACUUUUGAGGUCGUAUGUGGCGAGGGUUCUGACUGCUUAGUGGACAUAUGGUCCAGUCAGAACACCACGUAUGGCAUCUACAUGUAUCAGCAUCAAACGAUUUGAAUGUAACUUACAGAGCCUUUCGGAUUGCGUUCUCCGACUGUGUAUGAUUAUUUUGCUAUCUUUUGUCAAUCAGAACAUUGCAGCACGUUUGUAGACUUAUGCCUCAUUGUGCGCAGCAUGCGAGAGGCACACAGCCUCGAUCACCG